GUCAAACGCAACGCGGAGUCAGUGUGACGAAGUGCGUCGUGCGCAGCGGCAGCGUUUUUCCUUUUCCCCUUACCAACACACACAGAGAAAAACGCAAGAAAAUCGAAUAGCUCGUAUUGUAUCUGUGUGUGAGUGCGGGCAGUGAAAUUUACAGAUACAUCUGCGAGUGUGCAACUGUAGCCACAUGUGUGUUCGUUGGCAGGAAAACCAUGCAUUCACAGUGAAGUUUUGAAACGAAAAUUUUGGAACGAAAUUCAAUCAAUUUAACUGCGAAACUAAUCAAAUAAAUAAAAAAAAACAGCAUGGAAAAUCUGCAUCAGGAAAAUGGCUUGGAAAGGAGUACCAGUCAGAGCUCGACUUCAUCAGCGAAUCCUGCGAAUCCCGUGAAUCCUGCGACUCCGUUGGAGGAAUGCGGCUGUGUGCGUCUGGGCAAAUGCAAAUGGUUCAACGUGGCCAAAGGAUGGGGCUUCCUUACCCCCAACGACGGCGGCCAAGAGGUGUUCGUACAUCAAAGCGUCAUCCAGAUGUCCGGCUUCCGAUCGCUGGGCGAGCAGGAGGAGGUGGAGUUCGAGUGCCAGCGCACGUCCCGCGGACUGGAGGCCACCAGGGUGUCGGGGAAGCAGGGCGAGAACUGCCACGGCAGCACCUACAGGCCACGCAUAAAUCGUCGCACUCGCCGCAUGCGUUGCUACAACUGCGGCGAAUUCGCCAACCACAUUGCCUCCGAAUGCGCCUUGGGUCCCCAGCCGAAGCGCUGUCAUCGCUGUCGGGGUGAGGACCAUCUCCAUGCCGACUGCCCGCACCGCAAUGUGAACCAAGCCCACAGCGACCAGAGCAGCAGCAGUGGAGCUCCGGAGAAAAGCGAGGAGACCACCUGAGAAAUCUGAGGCGAUCCGUGGACAACGGAUUGGUAGUUGGAAGUUACAAACUUCUUUGACAAGUACAAAAUGGUAAUCUUAAAAAAAACACGCAUCAAAUCAAAGAAACCCACGUACAACAAAACUAGCUGAUACUUUUAGAUAUAAGAGGGGGUAAAAAAAACAAAGCACCCCAAAAAAUAAGUUUAGGCUAAGUUUAUCCUUUCAUUUUAUACUACAAAUAAGGCUUUUGACUAAAGUACAAUUAAAUGAAUUAAGCUAGA